AUGAUUUCGUGUGGGAAGUUAAGAGAGGCCGCUAAAGCAGGAAAUAUAGAUAGCUUGUAUGCGGUAAUUCGGAAGGAUCCAUAUAUUUUAGACCGAAUCGAUCAAGAUCCUUUCAUCGACACUACUGUACAGGUAGCUGUAACAUCGGGGCAGGAUGAUUUCGCAGUGGAGGUUAUGAAUUUGAAGCCAUCACUAGCUAGGAAGCUGAAUACAGAUGGCUAUAGUCCGAUUCACUUGGCAAUCCAAGACGAGAGAAUGGAGCGAGACUCUUUACACAUUGCUGCAAAGAACAACAAACUAGAAGCUGUUCAAGUGUUGGCGCAAUUGCUACGCAGGACUUAUUUUUACUGCUCCUCUAUGAGGAAAAAGCUAUUGAAUUGGAAAGACAAGGAUGGUAACACUGCGUUGCAUGUUGCUGCAUAUAAUCAACCUCAGAUGAUCAAAUUCCUAUUAGACUGCGAAGUUAAAGUGAAUGAGAUCAAUUCAAGUGGUAAAACUCCACUGGAUGUCAUACAAGAACUUCAAACCCCAGACGAAGCUUCAAAGAGAGAUUCCAUGAAAAUUCUUCGCAAUGCCGAAGCUUUGAAUGCUUCCUUAACUCCAAGACCUCGACACUUAACACCAAUUAUUGAGAACAAAUAUUACAGGCCUCGAAAGAGCAUUGGGUGA